UUUUCUUUCUUUUUUAUUUUGAUUUUUAUUUUAUUAUUUUUUUUUACAAUGUUUAGAUCAGGAGAGGAGAUGAGCUUGUUUUUAGAUAAAGAAAUAACGAUUUAUUCGUAAUGAGCGAAGAUUCAUUUUGGGCAGCAAAUAAUUAUUUAAGUGGAUCCGAACUAAUGGAGAGCGGCGAUUCAUUUAAUUCGUUUCCUUCGGAGGGAAUUAUGGAAAGUAUUUUAGAUCGUCCCAAAAUGAUUUUAACGCCUCGUUUGGUUCCUGAUUUGUAUAGGAAGCGAGCAUCAGGUGUUCAGUGCUUCGAGGAAGAUGCAAGAAGCUCGUGGAGUGUCGACAGCUGCAGGAAUACAUCAGGAAACUUAAAGGAGGUCGUUCUGGAUGAAGAUUCUCAGAAUAGCUUCAGCAGUCAUAGAAGUUACCGAAGCUCCUUCAAAAGAAGAUACUUUGACGACGAAGUGGCCAAUACGACUAGACAUUUCAACAUAAAUGAUCUAUUUGAAUAUCAGUGGCCGGUCGGGAAAGGAGAUUAUUACAUACUACAAGAACAGAUCUCUGACUUUUUAUGUAUUAAAUCCUUUAGGAGAAGGUAUCCGGAUCUCACUAGAAGAGUCGUGGAGCCUGAAGAGAGGAGGUACUUGAAGGAGAAGGGAGUCGUGUCCGAGAUGCAGUGUGAGCUCGGUCUCACCGCCAUAAAAGCUGAUGAUAUUUUAGAAUUAAUCAGUAAGGAUUUUCCUGAUAAAUUUCAUGAGUAUCUUCAAAUGUUACAAGAAAAGGAAAGACAGUCUGUCAGCGAAAAGUUUAAGGAGUAUGCUCCUCCUAAUGUAGAUAAAAAUAAAAUGUCUGAGUUUGUUAAAAAAGCUGUUCAUUCAGCUGCUGAAUAUAAUACGCAUUUAAAUCAUGAAAGAAAAGAAGAAAGGAAAGCAUCAUUUGAUUUACAAACAUAUACUAUCCAUUACCCUAAUAAUAGAAUAACUAAACUUAACAAGGAUGGUCCGACGAUGGGAUUAUAUCCGGUUGCUCUUUUACCGGGUCAGUAUCAGGAUUAUUAUAGGAAAUACAGUUCCCAAGAAUUAAAGUAUUUACCGGUUAACACAGUAUUAUACGGCCCUCCACAAGAAUUAGGAACCGUUUACGUGCAGCCCAGUUCGGAUGGAAGCCAGUCGGAUUCAGAAGAAAGCUCUGCAUCCGAAAUUUCUUGUUCAUCAAGUCAGUGUACGCACGGUAGCGGAGAGAGUAGUUCAGGAUCCGAAAUGACAAAAUCGAAGAGUAGUACAUAUUCUGUAUCCCAGAAAAAUAUCCUCAUUCCUCCGACAACAUAUAGACAAAAACAUAAACCAAAUGCAAUUUGUAAAGUGUGUCAAGGAAACAGUGAAGUAAAUAAAGAAGGAAAGUCAGAAGAACUGAUACAUUGCUCUGAAUGUAAUAACAGUAACCAUCCUUCCUGCUUAGAUUUGUCGUCUUCGAUGGUAGAAGCUAUUAAAACUUAUCCGUGGCAAUGUAUGGACUGUAAAACUUGCAUGUUGUGUAUGGAUCCUUAUGACGAAGACAAAAUGAUGUUCUGUGAUAACUGUGACAGGGGCUAUCACACAUUUUGCGUGGGUCUGAAAAGCAUACCGAGCGGUCGCUGGGUGUGCCGGCUCUGUUCCCAGUGUACCGCCAGCGGAGUUCGCGGCCAUGCAUCAGAGAAUUCUAGGAAUAGCGUAAACAAAUAGAAACUAGUAAUGAGAUUCUAUAAAACUUAUAAGCAGUGCUGCUGUUUCUAGGGUAAUUUCAACCUCUCAGGGUAAUGUUUAGGGUAGUUUUAUAUUUAGGGUAAAUCUAGGGUAAACCUGCUCAAUGAUCUGAUGUUAUUACCCAUCGCAUAAGUUUUGCCAGAAAAAGUUUUAGCCUAAAACUGUUCUGUUUUCCCCUAUAGCUGGAGGAUUUUAGGAUAGGACAACAGAAGCUAAAGAAAUAAAGCCUAUUGGUGCUAGGUACACAGGUGUACACUGUAUAUUACACCCUAGUAGGAUUUCACUUUUUUCAACCUUCAUGCCAUUGGACCAUUGGCACUCCAUAUCAGAUGUAAAUUAAUACCUCUGAUAAAGCCUAAAAAUCCUAAGAUAUUUUAGUUAUUAAGAUUUUUAAAAACAAUGAAUUAAGAAUUGUUCUGAUUAUUAUUUCACGAUAAUAGUACAGGGAUCUGCGUCAUAGAAUUAUAGAUCUGCGUCUUAUGUGAGUGUGAGCUCUAGUUCGAGCUCGGAGAGUUUCCUCAAUUUAUGGUAAUCUAGGGUAAAAAGAAGGCUCCGCCAGGUAGUUCCACCAGAAGCAGGCAGCAGCACUGCUUAUAAGUGUAAAGUAAUUUUAAUUAAUUUGCAAAUAUCCAUUACAAAUUAAGAAAAGUAAAUUGAUAUUAAUCCAAAAUUACUAAAAUAAUAAUUAAUUUGUGAGAAAUUUUAAUUCUUAUAUUAAUUUGUUUGGUAACAAUAUUGAUGUUGAUGGUUAACAUACAAAAAAU